UAAGUUUAAUCACGUAUAUCUCACAAAAAGGUGUUUAUGUAAUUAAGAAUAUUGAUGAAAUAAUGUUGAAUUGUGAUGAUCUUAUUUAGUUGUUCAAGUAACAGUUUUUACAGAAUAGCAAUAAAAUGCAUAAAUUUGUAAUUAAACGAACAUUAAUCACAAAUCAACUGCUAAAAAAGACAAGUAACGAACUAGCCAGUGAUAUUAAAAGUAACACGAAAUCGACACCAAAAAAACAAAAUAAAUAUUCCGAAACUAUUUUACUUCCACGAUCUCAAUUUCGUGCGCAACUUAAUGGAAAAGAACGAAUGGAGAAAGAUAAAUAUUUAAGUGAAAAGUGUGGUUUUUCUGAAUUGUAUGAAUGGCAAAAGAAAAAUCUCUCAGGUCCAGAUUUUAUUUUACACGAUGGACCUCCUUAUGCAAAUGGAAUCCCUCAUAUAGGGCAUGCUAUCAACAAGAUUCUUAAGGAUAUAACAUUAAGAUAUAAGAUUAUAAAUGGAAAUCGAGUACAUUAUGUUCCAGGCUGGGAUUGCCAUGGAUUACCAAUUGAAUUAAAGGUUAUUCGUAACAAUUCACAGGAUCCAUUAGAAAUUAGGAAAAAAGCCCGCAAAUGUGCAGAAGAAGCCAUUGUUAAACAGAAACAAGCCUUCCAAUCAUGGGGUGUGACAGCUAAUUGGAAUGAAUCUGGAUGUUAUUUUACCAAUAACUCAUUAUAUAUGAAACAUCAACUUCAUCAGUUUAUAAAAUUGUAUGAAAAGGGUAUUAUAUUUAGAGAUUUUAUGCCAGUUUAUUGGUCUCCUUCUUCAAGAACAGCAUUAGCUGAGUCUGAAUUAGAGUACAAUCAGCAACAUCAGAGUAUAGCUGUAAUUAUUCGUCUGCAUAUGAAUAAUAUUCCAAACCUGAAUUUAUUCAAAAAUCAUCUUGUGUAUGCAUUAAUAUGGACCACUACACCGUGGUCUUUAGUGGCCAACCAAGCUGUAACUUUCUCUGCAGAUGCUGCUUAUUGUAUUGUUAAAGAUAAUAAAGGAAACUUAAAUAUUAUAGCGGAAGAUUUAUUAAAAGAUACUGAGUUAAAGAUUGGUCCAUUGGAACCAAUAGCUUGUUUCAAAGGUAGAGAAUUGGAGGGUAGCACAUACUUUCAUCCUUUCAAAAAAGAAAAGUGCCCUUUUUUUGCUGCAAGUCAUGUCACAACAAAUCGUGGAACAGGAUUAGUUCAUACUGCUCCCGCUCAUGGUCAAGAAGAUUUUUUGGUCGCAUUACAAAACAAAAUUCAUAUUUUAUCCAUGGUAGAUGCUGAAGGUCGGUACACUGAAACAGCUGGUCCAGUAUUUCAUGGAUUAAAAGUAUUAACAGAGGGAGUUGACAAAGUGAUGAAUCUUCUUGCUGAAGAUAUAUUGCAUGUGGAAACAUUAAUACACAGCUAUCCAUAUGAUUGGCGAACAAAACAACCAGUAAUUCUUCGUGCUAGUAACCAAUGGUUUAUUAAUAUUGAUUGCAUCAGGGAAGAAAUUAUUGGCACUAUUGCGAAUGUGAAUAUAUAUCCUAAAUGUAACCGUACAUCUUUUUUAAAAACUUUAUUUGCUGGAAUAAAGACACGACCAUAUUGGUGUAUUUCACGGCAACGUUGUUGGGGAACACCUAUACCUGUACUAUACAGUAAAACAACAGGCAAAGCAUUUACAAAUAAAGAAUUAGUUGAACGUCUAUGCAACUCGAUAGAUCGAUAUGGUCCUGAUUGCUGGUGGGAAUACUCAGCAGAAGAGUUAAUGGGAUUAGACGUAAUUGAAAAAUUUAAUAUUACAGCAGAUGAUGUAGAAAAGAGAAAUGAUAUCAUGGACAUUUGGUUUGAUAGUGGUAUUUCAUGGUCAAUGGUUUUACCAAAUGGAAAAGCAGACCUUUGUUUAGAAGGAUAUGAUCAAUUCAGUGGUUGGUUCCAAACAUCUCUAAUAACAUCUGUAGCUUUACAGAAAUGUUCACCUUACAGUGCUUUAUUUGUUCAUGGAUUUGCAGUUGAUGAAAAUUGCUUAAAAAUGUCAAAAUCAGUAGGAAAUGUAAUAAAUCCAGAAGAACUUUUAUUAGGUGGAUCUGAUUUAAAAAAGAGUCCAAUUUAUGGUGUUGACAUUUUAAGGUGGUGGGUAGCUAGUCAUGGUUCCCAACAAGCACAAGUGCCAGUUUCAAAAAGUUUAUUUGAUGGAUGUAAAGAUUGUAUUCAUAAACUUCGUUUAAUACUGCGUUUUCUUCUUGGGGCUUUAUAUCCUUAUCACCAGGAAAUAAGUUGCAAAUCCAAAUAUCGGAUUGCUGAUAAAUAUAUGUUGUAUUUAUUAUAUUGCUAUAAUAAACAAAUGCAAGAACAUUACGACAACUAUGAAUAUCAUCAUGCUGCUAAAACGAUUAUGCACUUUAUAACAAAUGAUGUAUCAGCUUUUUAUUGCACUUUAAUUAAAGAUAGACUUUAUUGCGAUGAAAUAAUGUCUCCGACGCGCAUUGCGGUCGUGCAAGUUAUAAAAGAAAUCUUCAACGUCUUUAUAAGGUCCAUCGCUCCAAUUCUUCCCCACUUAGCAGAAGAAGCAUGGCUAUAUUAUCCCGAAAAACGCACAUCGCUACCAUUACACUGUACGCAAUACAAAGUAUCAGAGUCGUGGAACGAUCCGACAAUGGAACAGCACAUAGAUGUGGCGCUUCAAUUGCGGAAGAUUGUUUUAAAAAUUGUCAACACGACUACAUGGAAACUAUACGGUAUCAUAGAAGCUACGGAAAAAGAUUUUGUUUCGCUUUCUUUUCUUCAUGAUGGACAAUCAUCAACAUCUGAAUUAUGCGAAAUAUUACAACUUUCUUCGAUAAAAUUAGUUAAAAACCAUGUGAUAAGUAAAACAGGAAUCCAAGUAUAUGAUAUUCAGAGGACAUUAUGCGAGCGAUGUAGGAGGUAUCCUGAAACUCGGGAAGAUGGUUUAUGUUCACGUUGUAUUGAUGUACUUGCUAAAAAUAGCUCAAUGAAUACGACUGUUUAACAAUUGUAAUACUUAAUUGAAAAUGCUGCUUUAGCGUGU